AUGUUUAGAGUUAGCCUGGGAACAGCGUAUCGAAUUUGGUAUAAGGGGAAGAAAUGCUUAAAGAAUGGGUGGAGUGUGGAUUUUUCAAUACAAUAUGUGGAAGCACGGCGUAAAGCAACUCAUCAAAUAUGUUUUAAAAAGAUUGUUGAAGUUCCUUUCCAUUGCCGUACAAAUAUUCGUUCUUUUGUGUCAUCUUUGAAUUUGUCGAAGUCCACCGUUCAUAGAAGAGUCAAACAAGGUUGUAUUAAAGCUCACGCCAAUACAUUAAAACCAACUUUGACAAAUGAAAAUAAGAAAGAAAUGCUUAAAUUUUGCAUAUCGAUGAUUGACCAAGGUACCGUUCAUUCAAGACUAACAUUUAUUAAUAUGUACAAUUAUGUUCAUAUAGACGAGAAGUGGUUUUACAUGACAAAAAUAUCAGAGAAGUAUUAUUUACAUCCACAAGAAAAUAGACCUUCGCACGCUUGUAAAAGUAAAAAGUUCAUAGCAAGAGUAAUAUUUUUAGGUGUUGUUGCUCGACCAAGAGUUACUUCAUCGGGAGAUUUGUUUACUGAAAAAAUUGGAAUGAUCCUUUUUAUAUAUCAAGAACAUCAAGAUAAUGCCAAGCCUCACAUAAGUGUCCAUGCUAACAAAUUUGUGGAAAAAACUUGUAAGAAUGGAUUUGAUAUUCAAUUAUGUUUUCAAUCUCCACAAAAUCCGGAUUUAAAUAUCUUAGAUCUCGGGUUUUUCAACGCUAUUCAGAGUCUUCAACAUAAAAAAUGUCCAAGAACAAUUGACGAAUUAGUUACCACAGUUGAAGAAGCUUUUUACGAAUACCCUAUUGAAAAUCUAAAUUCUGUUUAA